AAGUCGUUUUUAUACAUUAUAAGUUAAGCUUUCUUAAGAAUUAUUAACCUAACGUUUAUCUGUUAUAGUUCGUUAACUACACGCAUUUAUUUGUAAAAAUGAGCAUUUUCUAUUUCUUACAAUGCUUAUAUCUCACAAACAAAUAAUGUUAUAACAAAUAUGCUUCAGGAAUCUUUUGUUACUUGAUUAUUAAACUAUUUAAAUAUAUAUUUUUUUAUACACUAAUGCAAAAAAUUAAAGGAGCAGAAAAAUUUUAUAAAUUUUUUAGUGAUUUUUGGAAGGCUGUAACUUGGUGAAAAAUACCCGGGAAAAAAUGUUUUUAUAAAAUUUUAUAAAAUAUUAUAAAAUUUUACAGCAAAAUUUUAUAAAAAUUCAUACAAUUUUAUAAACCCUGAUUAAACAAAAGGAACAUCUUAAAAGACAACGAACUCUAUAAGAAUAUUUAUCUUGGAGAAGCAAAAAAUGAUCAGAAAACCGCUGUAAUUCUUGGGUCACCGAUCAUGCUGCACCGAUUGGAAUCGGCGGAAGAAGUAACGAUUGAUGGAACGUCAAGGUGCUUACCUGUAGCUCCAGAAGCAGCUCAACUAUUGACGUUCCACAUAAAACAUGAUCAACAAGAAGUUACAGCAUUGUAUGUUCUCUGCGAGGAAAGGAGCUGUGAAUUAUAUCGGUCCAUCUGGAAAGUUAUAAUCAAUAAAUGCUUAAUUUUAAAAGAAAAUAUAACGACAAUAACGUGUCAUUAUGAUGAAGAGUGGUUGAUAGCAACUAGAGAAAUGCUGCCACAUGUUAGCAUAAGGGAAUCGUGGUUUCAUUUUAUUAAACUUCUUUCACGUAAGUGGAACAGCUUGGAGCUUCCAGCUAAUUAUGACAACGAUAUUUGUAAAAUCAGCUGGAUUUUUAAAAUAAUACCAAAAGAUAAAAUAGAUUUAGCGAUUGAAGUAAUAAAAGAAAGUGCAGAAGAAGAUGCUGAUAACUUUGAAAAUUUAAUUUUAUACUCAAGAUUCAUAACAAAAAUAUCAAAAUUAAUUAGUAGUGAAACUUUUAUUGGAAUUACCGUAAAUGAUGCAAUCAACAUCGCUGAAAAUCAUAAUCAACAUCUCAUUACAAAUUUCGGAUCAGGACAACCUAUUUAUAAAUUUUUGAGAAACCUUAGAACAGAUAUUCGCCGUCAAGAGGAGAAUUGGGUGAACACACCAAUGAAAAAACCAGAAAUCAGAAUCACAACAGAAAUUUCAAAUUUACAAAAAAAAUUAAAAAGUACUCAAACGAUACAAAGUUUCACAAGAGAGGUAAUGAAAAGCAAGGUCAUAGAUUUCAUCAAAAUCCAAUUAAAUUGGCCACAAUACAAGGAUGACUCUGGAAAAUUAAAUGGGUUUCCGAAAGAAAAAUAUUUUUUUCCAAUACUUGUGAAUAAGGAUGACUUGAUUAAUGUGUGCCUAUUUUGCCUCAGCGAAGAAGCAUCAGUUCAAUUAAUAGGCUGUAAUCAUUUUGUUGGGUGCUAUGGAUGCUGGAUAAAAGCUCAUUAUGAUUAUAACAAACGUAAUUGCCCAGCUUGUCGAGCACCAUAUAAUGAAUUUCAAAUUUAUUAGUAAAAAAAAAAUAAUAACAAUUUUUUUUUAAUAUUUUUUUUAUAUUCGUUAUUACUGCAAAUGUUAUUAUAAUAAAUUCAUAAUUAUGGUGAUACUCUAUUUACACUACUCUUUAUCGUUUAAUAUAAGACUAGUAAUAUUCCUGUUAAACAUACCUCAAUAUCAAAACGAUGAAGGUAAAUCAUCUUUAUGAUUUUACGGCGGAUGUUAUUUACUGGCGCAUAUUUUUAAAUAAUUUUAUAAAAUUUUGUGUAGUUUUAUACAAUUUCUUAAAUGUAGAACAAUACGAAAAAUAAUUAUAAUUUAUUACUAUUUUAAUAAGAACGAGUGAAAGGCAUUUGUGGAGAAUAUUUAUCCAAAUUACAACGUAUAGAAAGAGGUGCUGAGUAUAAUUUACUCGUAAAUCAAUCAUUAAUAAAAAUAAAUAAGUUUUUAUUAAUGACAAAUUAAUUCUACUUGAAAAUGGAAAAUGUUUAAUGCAGGAAUAUUUACAGUCAGCAAUGCAACCAGACAUGCAGAGACUAGAAAUAUUCCUGUUAAACAUACCUCAAUACAUUGAAUUCCUUGGAAAUGUAUGGCAAUUCCCUGCUCAAAGUGAAUAUGUAGAUGUUUAAUAUUUAUUUAUUUUAAUCUAAAAGUUAAUUUGUGCAAAAGGUACACAGUUAAUUAAAUUCAUGUCUACUUCAUGUCUCGCUUGUGGAAAUGUCACUAUUUAUUUAUGUAUGAAAAUCAAUUGAUUUAACAUGAAAAAUAUAUAAAUACAUAAGAGACAAAGGAAAAGAAUUAAUUAUCUAUUAAUUUUUUUUUUUCAAUAACAUUUAACCUUCGACUUGAAAUUUAAGAGCUAAAAUAUAUUAUUUACAAACAUGAUGACUACUUGAACUAUCUGUACAUAACAUUGGUUUUUAUUGUGAAGUUCAUCUGACUAUCAGUAGUAUUUGGCAUUUUCAAUUACUAAUCAUUUUAUUUUAUUAAUUUAUUGCUUCAUUUUCUAUAAAUUUUUAUCAAUAAUAAUUUUUUAAAAUAAAUUUAAAAAUUAUUUAUCAAUUAAAUUCAGAAAAUUAUUAAUUAUUUUUAAAAUUCUUGUCAUUAAAAAAAUUAUAAUCAGUAGAAAUUAAAAUUAAAAUUUUAUUACGACACAGUUUGAUGCAGUUUAAAAUUAAGAGCACGAAAAAUUUUUUUUUCAAUUCGAAAUUUAACCCCGGGCUAAAAAUUGUCGGAAAAUUUUUUUCAAAAGAUUGCAGACGAUUCUCAUUUGAAAUUUAAUUCCUUCUUCCUCUACAAUAAUUUUAAAAAAUAAAGAAAAUUAAAAUUCGUACCGAAAAAAUUUAAAAAAACAAUAAUUUUCAUACAGCAAAAAUUUGCCGUGUAAAAAUUUGAAUUAUCCAAAUAAAUUCGUGACAAAAAAAAAAAAAAAAUUUAUUAAUGCAAAUAUAUGAGAGUCAAAGAAGUAUGAAAUUGUCCAGGUCAUGACACGCAAUUUUAAAAAUUGAAAUGACCUGCGAGGUAUUUUUUAUUUUUCUUUAUUUUAUGUUCAUUAAUACUGAAAUUAUUAUUAUAAUGAAUUUAUAAUUAUGGCAAUACUAUAUGUACACAACAACUUAUUAUUUAAUGUUCAAUUGUUUGAUUCAAUAAAACUACUUGUUAACUGAAUAAAAAAAUCUAA